GGAAUGCCAUGAUUGCUGCUUAUGUGCAUAAUGGGCAGAAUAGAGUAGCCUUGGAAGUAUUCCAGGACCUUUGGAAUGAGCCUCUCGAACCAGAUGCCAUGACAAUCACAAGCGUUCUACCUGCCUAUGCUGAGAUAGCCUUGCUGAGGGAGGGAAAGCAAAUCCACACUUACAUCAUAAAAGUUCAACUGAGUUCCAACACCUUCAUCAUGAAUUCAAUUGUGUACAUGUAUGCAAAGUGUGGGGAUCUCCGGGCUGGACGGGAAAUAUUUGAUGGGAUAUUGUUUAAAGAUGUUAUUUCGUGGAACACAAUCAUUAUGGCAUAUGCCAUUCAUGGAAUGGGGUCAAUUUCUAUUGAAUUGUUCUCUGAGAUGAGGGAGAAGGACAUUAAACCUAAUUUCAGUACCUUUGUGUCCCUUUUAUCAGCCUGUAGCAUUGCUGGCAUGAUGGAUGAAGGAUGGGAAUACUUCAAUUCUAUGAGAAGUGGCUAUGGAGUUGAUCCAGGAAUAGAGCACUAUGGUUGUAUGCUUGAUCUUCUUGGUCGCACUGGAAAUCUUGACCAAGCUAAGUGUUUUAUUGAUGAAUUGCCAUUGACUUCGACUGCCAGAAUAUGGGGUUCUCUCCUUGCUGCAAGUAGGCACCACAGAAACAUAGAGCUGGCUGAACUUGCAGCUUGUCAUAUUUCAUCCUUGGAACAUGAUAAUACUGGAUGCUAUGUCUUGCUUUCUAAUAUGUAUGCCGAAGUUGGGAGAUGGGAAGACAUAGAACGGAUUAAAUUUCUUAUGAGGAACCAAAGGUUAGAGAAAAUCACUGGAUGCAGCAUACUGGAAACCAACAAUAGGACUUACAGAUUCACCAAUCACGAUAGGUCCCAUGUCGAUUCGAAUGUGAUAUAUGAGGUGUUAGACAUUAUUUUGAGGAAGAUAGGGGAAGAACUAUGUUCUUAUGAAGUCUCCAAAACCAAACCACCAGAUUUGGCAAGAAGAAGAGCAAACUCGACAAAGUACCACAGUGUGAGAUUAGCAAUUUGUUACGGGUUGAUUUCCACAUCCCUUGGAAACCCUAUUCUUGUAAGGAAGAAUACUAGAAUCUGUGAGAAGUGCCAUAGUGCUGCAAAGAAGAUUUCAGAAUUUACUAACAGAGAGAUAGUAGUGGGAGAUUCGAAGAUAUAUCAUCACUUCAGGGAUGGGCAUUGUUCAUGUGGAGAUUACUGGUGACUAUAAUUAAUACACAAUGAUGAAAACCAUCCA